UGGAGACGUAGAGGAAGAAGAAGCAGACCCGAAAGUACCUGCACUGGUUUUCAGAUUUUGCAGUCUAUCAAAUAAAGCGAAAAACGAGUAAAAAUUCAGACAUAAGAAACAAAUCUCUGUCUUUCUUUUUCUAGUCUCCUGAAAAAAAAAACAAGAGAAAGAAAAAGACAGCAGAGGAGAGAGAGAAAAGCUGCAUUUUUUUUUAAUCCUUGUGUUCUUGCUUGAUCUACCAUUGCCGCCGACAAAACGUGAAGAAUCAAGCUUCUUCCUGAGAUUGGUUUAUGUUAGUUGUUGAUUCCUGGUUUGAUUCAAAAAACAAUGAAGCACUAAUCUCUGAUUCUUGAGGGAAGUAAAGAUCAUCAAAGAUGGCUCGAGGUAGGAUAAGAUCAAAGCUGAGACUAAGCAAUCUCUAUACAUUUGGAUGUCUUAGACCCAAUACACUUGAAGGUGAAGACUCUCCACACCCACUCCACGGUCCAGGCUUUAGCAGGACAGUGUUCUGUAACCAACCUCACAUGCACAAGAAGAAGCCUCUGAGAUACCGUUCUAACUACGUCUCUACAACUAGGUACAACCUCAUAACAUUCUUCCCCAAGUCCCUUUACGAACAGUUCCACCGCGCUGCGAAUCUCUACUUCCUUGUAGCUGCUAUCCUCUCGGUGUUUCCUCUCUCUCCGUUCAACAAAUGGAGCAUGAUUGCUCCCUUGGUGUUCGUUGUUGGGCUGAGUAUGAUGAAAGAGGCUUUGGAAGAUUGGCGUAGGUUUAUGCAAGACGUGAAGAUUAACGCUAGGAAGACGUGUGUUCAUAGGAGUGAUGGUGUGUUUCGUCAGAGGAAGUGGAAGAAGGUUAGAGUUGGAGAUGUUGUGAAAGUGGAGAAGGAUGAGUUCUUCCCUGCUGAUUUGCUUCUUCUGUCGAGUAGUUACGAGGAUGGGAUUUGUUACGUUGAGACUAUGAACUUGGAUGGUGAAACGAAUUUGAAAGUGAAGAGGUCUUUGGAAGCUUCAUUGACAUUGGAUGAUGAUGAGUCUUUUAAAAACUUCAUGGGGACUAUAAGAUGUGAAGAUCCGAACCCAAGUCUCUACACCUUCGUUGGAAACUUAGAGUAUCAACGCCAAACGUUUCCUCUGGAUCCAAAUCAGAUUCUGUUAAGAGACUCAAAGCUUAGGAACACAGCUUAUGUAUACGGAGUUGUUGUCUUUACAGGUCAUGAUACUAAAGUGAUGCAGAACUCAACAAAGUCACCUUCCAAGAGAAGCAGAAUUGAGAGGACAAUGGAUUACAUCAUCUACACACUUCUUGUCUUACUCAUCUUGAUCUCUUGCAUCAGCUCAUCAGGUUUUGCUUGGGAGACAGAGUUCCACAUGCCUAAUAUGUGGUACUUGCGACCUGAUGCGCCUGAGGAUCUAACAAACCCUAUAAGUCCGGUCUAUGCUGGUGUGGUCCAUCUCAUCACUGCUCUGUUGCUUUAUGGAUAUUUGAUACCAAUCUCUCUUUAUGUCUCCAUAGAGGUUGUCAAAGUCUGGCAAGCAAGUUUUAUUAAUCAAGACUUGCGGAUGUAUGAUGAUGAGAGUGGGGUUCCUGCACUGGCCCGGACAUCUAAUCUCAACGAAGAGCUUGGUCAGGUUCAUACUAUCCUUUCUGACAAGACAGGGACUUUGACAUGUAACCAGAUGGAUUUCUUGAAAUGUUCCAUUGCUGGUACUUCUUAUGGUGUGCGUUCCAGCGAAGUGGAGGUAGCUGCUGCUAAGCAGAUGGCUGUUGAUCUUGAAGAGCAUGGAGAGAUACCAAGUACUACUCCUCAGUCUCAGACUAAAGUGUAUGGUACAUGGGACAGUAGCCGCACGACGCAUGAGAUUGAGGUGGAAAGUGGAGGAGAUGGUAACUAUAAUAACAAUCCUAGAGUUCCUAUUAAAGGGUUUGGUUUUGAGGAUAACAGGCUCAUGAAUGGGAACUGGUUAAGGGAGUCACAACCUAAUGACAUCUUGCAGUUCUUCCGCAUAUUAGCCAUUUGUCACACAGCUAUUCCGGAGUUGAACGAGGAGACUGGCAAGUACACUUAUGAAGCAGAGUCACCUGAUGAAGCUUCUUUUCUUGCUGCUGCUAGAGAGUUUGGUUUUGAGUUCUGCAAGAGAACUCAGUCAAGUGUGUUCAUCCGUGAGAGAUUCUCUUCUUCAGGGCAGAUCAUUGAGAGGGAGUAUAAAGUUCUGAAUCUGUUGGAAUUCACAAGUAAAAGAAAGAGAAUGUCAGUGAUUGUAAGGGAUGAAGAAGGACAGAUUCUUCUACUAUGCAAAGGAGCAGACAGCAUUAUCUUUGACCGGUUGGCGAAGAAUGGGAAGACAUACUUGGGACCUACCACUAGACACUUAACUGAGUAUGGAGAAGCUGGGCUUCGUACACUUGCACUUGCUUACAGAAAGCUUGAUGAGGAGGAAUAUACAGCGUGGAACACUGAGUUUCUUAAGGCCAAAACUUCAAUAGGAUCUGAUAGAGAUGAGCUGCUUGAGGCAGGAUCGGAUAUGAUUGAAAAAGAUCUUAUCCUUGUAGGUGCUACUGCUGUGGAGGACAAACUUCAGAAAGGGGUUCCUCAAUGCAUAGAUAAACUUGCUCAAGCAGGUCUCAAGCUAUGGGUUUUAACUGGGGACAAAAUGGAAACAGCAAUCAACAUUGGAUUUGCUUGUAGUUUACUUAGGCAAGGCAUGAAACAGAUCUGCAUAACAUCAAUAAAUCCAGAUGGAGGAUCCCAAGAUUCGAAAAGGGCGGUGAAAGAGAACAUUUUGAAUCAACUCACUAAAGCUGUACAAAUGGUGAAGCUAGAGAAGGAUCCACAUGCUGCGUUUGCUCUGAUCAUUGAUGGGAAAACAUUAACUUAUGCAUUGGAGGAUGAUAUGAAGUAUCAGUUCUUGGCUUUGGCAGUUGAUUGUGCAUCAGUCAUUUGCUGUCGUGUAUCUCCCAAGCAAAAGGCUUUGGUUACAAGGCUGGUUAAAGAAGGAACCGGAAAAACCACAUUGGCAAUUGGUGAUGGUGCAAAUGAUGUUGGGAUGAUUCAAGAAGCUGACAUUGGUGUAGGGAUUAGUGGCGUUGAAGGCAUGCAGGCUGUUAUGGCUAGUGAUUUCUCCAUUGCGCAGUUUCGGUUCUUGGAAAGAUUACUCGUCGUCCAUGGACACUGGUGCUACAAAAGAAUAGCUCAAAUGAUUUGCUAUUUCUUCUACAAGAACAUAGCAUUUGGUCUCACUCUCUUCUACUUUGAAGCUUUCACUGGAUUUUCCGGACAAUCAGUGUACAACGACUACUACUUAUUGCUCUUCAAUGUUGUCCUUACCUCAUUGCCAGUGAUUGCCCUUGGAGUCUUUGAACAAGAUGUUUCCUCCGAGAUCUGCUUACAAAAGUAA